UGGGCCUUUCAACUUUUCUCCUCUGUGCUGUGCUGACGCAUUUUGUUGAAACUUCGGAAAUUCUUGCUUUGCUCUGUUUUUUUCUUCUUGCUUGUUCUUGAAAUUUAUCUGUUGGGUUCUUCUUUCUUGAGAAAUUGAGCCACUUUACUGGGGAAUUCUCAAUUCUUGGAAAUUUAGAGUCUUUUUUGGUGGGAAAGCUGGAUUCUUGCUGUUAGUUUAUCAACAGCAUAUACUAGGCCAUGUUUUCACCUUCAAUUUGCUUUCCAACAACAAUUCUUCAAAUUCAUCCAUCUUACUCUUCAGAUAACACAAGCCGCUUCAGAACCCACAAAUGUAAAAGCUAUACUGAUGACAGAAAACUCCCCUGUUUCUCUUUCAAAGACUCAUCUUUCUCAGCUCGUUUUGAUGUUUCUGCAAGUUUUUGUAGAGACGAUGAAUUAGUAAGUCAAUUGGAAGUUCCAGAUGAUAAAAUUUGUUCAGUGAAUAGUUUUGUGGCUGACUCAAGUUUGCUUGGUCGUUUGCUUCAAUCUAGUUCUAGUUUAAAAGAAGUUAAAAUACUUCAUGCGAUUGUAUUGAAGUGUUUGACGAGUAGUACUAUAUUCGUUGAAAAUAAUUUGAUUAGUAUCUUGGUGAAAUUUGGGCGUUUGGAUGAUGCUCGUAAGGUGUUCGAUCAUAUGCCUGAGAAGAAUGUGGUUUCUUGGACUGCUAUGCUUAAUGGGUAUUUGAGAUAUGGGUUUGAUGAUGAAGCUAUGGAUUUUUUCGCGGAGUUUGUACAGCGUGGUUUGCUGUGGAAUUCGAAGACCUAUGUGUGUGUGUUAAGCAUGGCUGGGAGGUGUUGUGAUUUUGGGCUGGGGAAGCAAGUUCAUGCUGGUGUUAUAAAGGGUGGAUUUAGUAAUUUGAUUUUAGAUAGUUCGAUUGUGUCUUUUUACGCGCAAUGUGGGGAUUUGGAAAGUGCUUUUCGCGUAUUUGAUGUGAUAAAACGCCCUGAUGUAGUUUGUUGGACGACUAUGAUCACUGCUUGUUCUCAGCAUGGGAGAGGGAAGGAAGCUUUACUAAUGUUCUUGCAGUUGUUCUCUGAUGGUUUUGAUGCUAAUGAGUUUACUGUCUGUAGUAUCCUGAAUGCAUGUGGGGAGGAGAGGGAGUUAAAAUUCGGGAAGCAACUACAUGCUGCAGUUAUUAAGAAUAGAUUUAGAAUGGAUGUCUUCAUAGGCACCUCAUUGGUAGAUAUGUACGCGAAGUGUAGUGAGAUAGAUGAUGCUAGGACAGUGUUUGAUGGGAUGGGGAAAAGGAACACGGUGACAUGGACGUCUAUUAUUGCAGGAUAUGCUCGUAAUGGUCAUGCGGAAGAGGCCAUAAGACUCUUCCGGAUAAUGAAAAGGCGAAAGAUCUUUGCUAAUAACUUGACUAUGGUAAGCAUCCUUCGAGCGUGUGGCCUACUUAGGACUUUACCAACUGGAAAGGAAGUGCAUGCACAAAUUAUCAAGAAUUCUCUCCAAGAUAAUAUUUAUUUAGGAAGUACAUUAGUGUGGCUGUAUUGCAAAUGCAGUGAAAAUUCUGCAGCACAUAAAGUCCUUCAGGACAUGCCUAUUAGGGAUGUAGUUUCAUGGACUGCAAUGAUUUCUGGCUGUGCCCAUUUAGGACAUGAGUACGAGGCUCUUGAAUACUUGAAGGAGAUGCUAGGUGAAGGCGUAGCCCCGAAUCCAUUUACUUAUUCAUCAGCCCUGAAAGCAUGUGCAAAGCUGGAAGAUAUCGAGAGAGGGAAGCUGAUCCAUUCCUCCAUAAGCAAGACACCUGCUCUGUCAAAUGUGUUUGUGGGCAGUGCAUUGAUCAAUAUGUAUGCAAAAUGUGGACAUCUUCCUGAGGCAAUUCAAAUAUUUGAUAACAUGCCCGAGAAGAAUUUGGUUUCUUGGAAGGCGAUGAUUGUUGCUUAUGCUAAAAACGGAAACUGUGGAGAGGCAUUGAAGCUCAUGUAUCGUAUGCAAGUAGAGGGCAUUGAGGUGGAUGAUUAUAUCCUUGCUACUGUCCUCACAGCAUGUGGAGAAUAUAAGGGAACUAUCAAGUCCAAAUCGAAGUAUUUCUUGCAUCCAAAUAGUUCUAUAACCUAAACUCAAAUGAGGUUCCUGGAGAAGUUUCAGCAAAAUACAACAACAUACCCAGUGUAAUGAUGGUUUCAUUCAUGUCUCAAUGACAGCUGAACUCUGAGUGCUUCAUGUUAGAGUCUGGUUGAUAGCUAUUCGUCAUCGGCUUACUUCUGGACCAUCGAUGGACACUAGUAGCCCCUGGCUAGCCUGCCUCGCCGGUAAGAAUGAGGUGAAGUUUAUCGGACUGUGCUUUUAGAGGUCCAUAAUAUUCGAACGUUGUAUCUUCUAACCUCAGUGAUACUCUGUAUUAUACGUAGGUUAGGUCCCUACGACCGCGUAUUGUCAUAUUAAGAUCAUGUAUACUUAAAACUUUUUCUUAGUGAAGUGAUAAAGAAAAGGUUAUAACAA